ACAAACUCUUUAAUGAUUCGAUCUUAUGCGUAUUUUACAAACCAAGAUGGCUACUGAUUGUAAGUUGUAACUUGAUGCGGUCAGUCCCAACUAAAAAAAAAUAAAAAUAAAACUCAGUUCCUCGUAUUUCCCUCUUAAAAUGCUCUUCCACCACAGCCUCGCCCUUCGCCGGAUUUUUCCAUUUCCCCAUCUGUACGCCGGAAAAGGCCUUCGAAUGCCUAACUCCAGAGCCACGUCCCGAUCGCUGUCUCCCAAAACACUUAGUUCGGUUACAGGUUCUGAUGGAGCCGAGAAAACCCCUGUUGGAGUUCGCGUGAGAAGGGACAGCGCAAGGAGGAUAGUCGAGGUUGCUAUGGAUGUUCCAAGCGGUGAAGCUCCCGUACCUGUAUUUGAUAGGUUACCGGAUAUAGAAGAGUUUGAAUAUAAUCCAGUCAAGGCAUGUGAAAGUUCAACAUCAGGUACUACUGACAUUCUUGAUACAAAAAGGGUGAAAACCAUUUCCAUCAAGUCAAAAGUUACUUCUAUAGGGCAGAUGGAAAUGCCCGCGAACUGGGAAAUGGUUCUUGACGGGAUAAAGAAAAUGAGGUUCUCCGGAAAUGCUCCGGUAGAUUCCAAGGGAUGUGAAAAGGCUGGUAGUUUUCUUCCUCCCAAGGAAAGAAGAUUUGCAGUUUUAGUAUCUUCUCUUCUAUCCAGCCAAACCAAGGAUGAAGUUAACCAUGGAGCCAUGCAACGUCUUUCUGAGAAAGGUCUAGUUGAUGCUGCUGCGAUUGUUGAAACUGAUGAAGCAACCAUUGCAAAACUGAUUUAUCCGGUUGGAUUUUACUUGAGGAAAGCCAAGUACAUGAAGAAAGUAGCUGAAGUUUGUCUCAAUAAGUAUGGAGGAGAUAUUCCAAAUUCCUUGGAUGACCUGCUUUCCCUUCCUGGAAUCGGUCCUAAAAUGGCUUAUCUGGUUAUGAAUGUUGCAUGGCGUAACGUGCAAGGAAUAUGUGUCGACACUCAUGUGCAUCGCAUUUGUAAUCGUCUGGGCUGGGUAUCGCGGCCAGGCGCAAUGCAGAAAACUCGUUCUCCUGAAGAAACAAGAGUGUGUUUACAGAAAUGGCUUCCAAAAGAAGAAUGGGAUCCAAUUAAUCCACUUCUGGUUGGUUUUGGACAAACUGUGUGUACUCCCCUCAGGCCGAAAUGCAACAUCUGCACUGUAAAUAAUCUCUGUCCAUCAGCUUUCAAAGAAUCACCAAAACCCACACCAAAGUCCAUGAAAAAACAAAAGCUCAGCAAAGAGUCUUAGAAACAUGACCUGCAAUAUUGUGUUUUGUGCAGUCCUAAUCUCUUAAACUCUGAUGUUCUAGUCUGCAAUCUCCUUCAUUAUGUAUAUGCUGCUAAUUGUGGGAACAAGUGUAUAAGAACUUGAAGUUUUAUAUAAAAAUGCAAAAGAGCAAUUGACUUAGGCUUGGUUUGGUAUGGCUUUUUUGCUGCUUCUUAAAGCAGCUUUCUAGUAAAAAAUUUCUACUAGAAAGCUGCUUUAAGAAGCAGCAAGAAAGCCAUUCUAAACGAAACCUUAUUUUUGUAACAGAACUAUGAAUCACUUUUGAGCCUGUACUUUUGCAACUUUUUGGAUUAUCAUCUGAAGAAAGAAGGUUUGUUAUCUUAACCUG